CCCGCGAGGAGAUGGCCGCCAAGAUGCCGGUCGAUGGUGGUUCUGCGCCGUAUGUAGGCUGCGUGGCCUGGAGCUACGGGGCCGGCACCGCGGGCGCGGACUCCGACGUCCCACCGGCGGACACGUCCGCCGCAGAGGCUCCCGAGCAGGAGACCGGGCGCUGGCCACGGCGAGCAUGGACUCCUCCGCCCACGGGGCCGCCGACGCAGCCGCUGGAGGGCACAGGCCGGACCCGGCGAACCUGCCACGCCUGUCGGCAUGGAGGAAGCUGGACGCCCCGCUCCAGGCCUCGCCGGCGGAUAUGGCCGCGGGUGGGUGGUUACCCCGGCUGCGCCCUGACAUCCAGGAGACGCGGACGCCGCACUGCCGCAGCCGACGCCGCCACGGCCCGUGUCGCGCGGCAGCAGCGGCAGGCCUGGGUCCCGCAGCUCGAGACGAGCCAUGACUCCCAAGGAGGAAUGGCAACGUUGGUCUGGAGGGGGAGCCCCUGCUUGAGCGCUGAGGCCGGCGGUCUGGCCCGCAGAUUCGGGGGAAUUCCAGCAGAGCCGCCCAGCACAGCGGGCAGCUCGGCAACCGCGGGCGACGUCCUGCAGAUAAGAUGGAAACCGGACCGUCGAAUCACAGCCUCGCCACCGCCUGGCGAUUGAGCAGCUGCACGCCAGUGGCGCUGUCGAACGGGGUGCGGCAGUGUGCAUCAAAGCAAUAUGCGUCGCAUGACUUGAGCCGAUCCCGAGGCACGGCCUCCAGAAGGUUUCGUCAGAUGUGGCCGUAUACGUUCGGUCCUCUGCCAGCGCCCCUAAUCCCUAGUGCCUCUUCGUGCUCAUCUGUGGCAGCAUCGUUGCGAUUGCAACAGUCUAGCAGUAGGAAGCGGGCUGCGUUCUUUCACCCACGCCCUAAUAUGGGGCUGCACUAGCACAGUCCUGCGAUCAUGCUCAGAUGGCCUAGAAAAGUGUCG